AUGCCUAAAACAACAAUUCCUAGAACAACAAUGGAUAGUACACCAGCAGAUGGAACAACAAUGGAUGACAACACAGAAGACGCAGAACAUGCUACUAGACCCACAGAACCUGAUGAGCCUGAUCUGCCGGAAUUUCGGUUUUUUGAAGGCAACAGAUAUCCAUUCUUGGUAUUUAUUCAUGUGAAACUUCCCAGUGGUUUAAGUGGUAAUUGUGUUGGUACUUUGAUAGAACCAAGUAUAGUGUUGACCUCUGCACAUUGCACUUUCAAAAUUUCUCCAAAACAUAUAAUGGUGUACAAUCAUUAUUUUAACAAAAAGCACAUGCGACAUGUCUCCCACGUAUAUCAACACAAAUCUUAUAAUGAUCUUAAACAAGACCAUGAUAUUAGCAUAUUGAAAUUGAAAAAUACAUUCGAAGACACUCGCCAUAUCAUAGAAUUGUCUGGCUCUCCUAAUGAGUUUUUAAGUUUAUUUGGAACAUUGAAUGAUUGUGUAAUUGUUGGAUUUAGUUUAGAAUCCAUUUUGCCAGAAGAACAUGUAAUGAGAUUAGGAUAUUUAGGAUAUAACGCUACCAUAGAAUCAAGGUACGGUCCUGAUAAGUGUCCGACUAGAACGUCGGAUGGUUUAUGGGAAAAAUGGCUGUGUUCAAACUCCGAUAAGGAAAUUAAAUUUUUAAGAAAUCGCGGAAGUCCAUUAAUAUGUAACGGAUAUCAAUAUGGAGUAUUUAGCCACAGCUUGAACGGAUUAGCCGAUAAAGGUGUUGAAAUGCCUGAUAUAGAAAAUUAUUAUGUAUUCAUACACUUUUAUAGAGAUUGGAUUAAGAAAACUAUUAAGAAAAGACGAGUUAUUGGAAAAUUGGCUAGUGUGCAUGCACUUCCAAAAAAGAUGACACGAUCAUACCAAUCAAAGGGAUCUGAAUCUUUAUUAAAGGUUACAGAACGUCUAUAG